UUAAUUUUAUGGUUAUAUAAAAUAAGAGAGAGAAAGAGAGAGAGAAAGGGGACCUCUAAAAGAUUUAGCUCUCAAAGCCAAUACCAAAGCUCCCUCUGAUUUGCAGAGAGAAUCCAAAGGACGACUAAUAGAGAGAGAAGUAUAGAACUAAGAACGCGAAGAACAGAAACAGAGAGAGGGAUAGAGAGAGAAACAGAGAUUUAGAUUUUGAAAAUUCCAAUCAAGUCCUUUCUCUUCUUAUCCAAUCCGUGCUUGGAUUUGCGGAUUUAUUUCGUUGUACUAUAAAUGCAAAAGAAGGAUUUGGACAGUUGAUUUGGGUUGAUUGGUUUUAUUGCUUCAACUGGCCAAAUUACAGAGACAUGUUGGAGGGUCGUCGGUCCUGUUUGGUACCAAGAUUGUUUGGUAGCUCUUGCCAGCCAGAGUCCCAGUGGUCUUUCAUGCCUUUCAGGCCAAGCCGCGGCAAGCACCCUCUAGACGGCUCCGACGAAGAUUAUCGACCAAUUAAGUAUACCAGGGUAUCAGAUUCUCGUGAAACUAGAGGUGAACAACAUGAUAAUGAUGAUAGAGCAGGGGAAUCUUCAGAUUCUGAUCCCCUUAUUGAUUCCAUUGGCCGUGACAUGUCUAUCAACUGUCUCAUUCGCUGCUCUAGGUCUGAUUAUAGCUCUAUAGCUUCUCUGAAUAGGAGUUUCAGGUCUUUAAUUAGAAGCGGUGAGAUAUAUAAAUUGAGAAGGCAACGUGGUGUUAUUGAACAUUGGGUGUAUUUCUCUUGUCACUUGCUUGAAUGGGAGGCCUUUGAUCCUAUUUCCAGCAGGUGGAUGCAUUUACCUAGAAUGCCUUCCAAUGAUUGUUUCAUGUGUUCAGAUAAGGAGUCUUUGGCUGUGGGUACUGAGCUUCUGGUAUUUGGUAAGGAGGUGAUGUCCCAUGUUAUAUAUAGGUAUAGUAUUUUGACUAAUUCUUGGUCUUCUGGGAUGACUAUGAAUGCUCCCAGAUGCUUGUUUGGGUCUGCUAGUCGUGGGGAGAUUGCAAUUUUGGCUGGUGGUUGUGACUCUCAGGGAAACAUCCUGAGCUCCGCAGAGAUGUAUAAUUCUGAGAAUCAAAAAUGGGAGACACUGCCGAGCAUGAAUAAACCAAGGAAGAUGUGUUCAGCAGUGUUUAUGGAUGGAAAAUUUUAUGUUAUUGGGGGAAUUGGGGGAAGUGAAACAAAGCUUCUUACAUGUGGAGAGGAAUAUGAUUUAGAAACAAAGAAAUGGACUGAAAUUCCUAAUAUGUCUCCUGGCCGGAGUGGCACUGCCACAGAGAAUGAGAUGCCUGCAGCUGCUGAGGCUCCUCCGUUGGUAGCUGUAGUUAACAAUGAACUUUAUGCUGCCGUGGACGUAGAGGUCAGAAAAUAUGACAAGGAAAGAAGAUCAUGGUAUAAGGUGGGCGCAUUGCCUGAGCGUGCUGUCUCAAUGAAUGGUUGGGGACUUGCAUUUAGGGCAUGUGGAGAUCGGCUUAUUGUUAUCGGUGGACCUCGGACUCAUGGUGAAGGUUUUAUAGAGCUCAAUUCAUGGGUUCCAAGUGAAGGGCCUCCUCAAUGGAACAUGCUUGCGCAAAAGCACUCUGUUAACUUUGUGUAUAAUUGUGCUGUGAUGGGAUGUUGACGAGUUGGAUUAUGUGGGCACCAUGUGAGCUAUAAUGGUGCCUCAUGCUAAUGGGAUGUACAAGAUUGGUUUGUUCUUCAACACAGGUCUCUUGCUAAUGGUAAUUUCCCCCUUUAUUUGUUUUUUCACAUCUUUUUCCUUUUAGUGGGGGGAUGGGGAAGAAGUUCAGAUUUUACUCAAGACUCAAUAGAAUGUCUUCUUGGAAGUCUUGAGAUUUUCUUUUUCCUUUUUCUUUUUCUUUUUUGUUUAAAUUGCAAUUACAUUUUCUUUCAUUGGAUUUGUGUCUUCCCCAUUUGUAGUGACAUGAGAAAAUUGAAAAGUUGAUGUCAUGUAGCAGAAAAAUAGGUUUAAUAAUGUGAAGUAUCAACACAUUUGGUAGGUUGUCUUAGUGUUUGCUGAAGCGAUUUCUUGUCCUCUUUUCUAAGAACACAGAACUAGUUAUAUGGGUUUAAUGAUCCUUAAUUUUCUUGGCAUUACCUUCAAGGGAGGAAAUAAACUCUGAGAGGUUGUAUCUUGGAUAUGGCUUAUGUACUGAUUACAUUAAUCAUUGCAAAUGAUGGGCUAUAUAUUAUUAGAUUCUCUUUUGUAA